GAGAAAUAUCACUUUUACGGUCCUUCGUGGGCUUUAUAUGUCUGGGCAUUGGAGCGCGUCCCGGGCUUCGGACACAUGGUCGCAGCAUCUAGCGGUGAUCCGACAGCGCACCCUCGGUGUUUGAGAUGGACUUUCAGGGGUAAGCCGAAGCUUCACGGUCUGCGCGAUCUAUUCGAGGGACAGGGUGGUGUCAUGCCCCUGGAGCCCGAUGCUGACGAUCUGUCGAGUCACUACUUCAUAUCAGCGCUGACACCGGGCGAACUCUCGGUGAGCUUCAGGCCCCCCGACAACCCAUUAGCUCGGGGUGUCCAAUUUCCACAGGGCACCGGAGCCCGUGUUGUGGAGGAGCACGGGGACGAGGAGGAUGUACCUAGACAGCCUCGUACGACUCGCAGUCACAGUGUCCGGGGCCCUGUGAGGGAUGCUCGACAGCACGAGCCGGCUCGUCAUUCAGUAGAUCCGGGCUCGCGCCCUGUGAGGGAUGCUCGACCCCACGAGCCGGCUCGUCAUUCAGUAGAUCCGGGCAAGCGCCCAGCGCCGCAUACUUCUUCAUCGUCGAGCGGAUCUCGGAGUGUAUCCAGUCCCAGCGAGGGUGAGGUGGAUCGUAAGUGGGUGAAGAAGACGAUCCGUCAGGAGAUUAAGAAGGCCUUCGGCAAAUUCGUGGAGAAACUGAAGAGCAAGGGUAAAAAGGAUAGGUGCAAGAAGAGCAAACAUUUCCGAGUGCCCGACUCCCCUGAUGAUGAUGACCAGCGACGGUCCCCUGAUCCUCCACAGCCACGGUCUCCUCCACAGCGACGGUCUCCUCCACCCAGUGCUUCAGGGCCCGACGCUUCAGGGCCAAGCGUUUCACGUUCCUGCGACAACGACCCCCGCGGUGAGGAACCACGCCAUCCAGAGACCCAGGAUUACGACGAGCAGUGGCGGGCCAUGAAUCAGUCUGUUCAGGGCGACUACACACCGGCGGAGCAGACUUUUGACUGGUCGACCCAGGUCUACCCUCAUUGGUCUUCCCCAUUCCUGAAGCCGUAGUAUAGAACAGAGACC